AUGACCGAAUUUGAAUGGGACAUCUCUCGCAUAUUCUCUCCACUUUGCAGAUAAGCCACUACCGGCAAUAAUUAUCAAUUCUCCAUUUGCCCACUUGACCCGGUGCGUGUGCGCGUGCAAGCCGCUUUUGGAAAGUCUCCCGCGACGAUGACGAUCGCCAGCAUAGCGCUACGGGGUGGUAACACCAGUUUGCGGCUGUCAAGCGCCAUUACUACUGCUUUCGGUAGCAAGUCUUCCAAUUGGACGAACAUUUCCUCACAAAGAUCCUUCUCCCAAUCCGUUCCGAAAGCAAUGCGUUUCGUUCAGUUUCGUUCGACGGUUACUGGGGGUAAGCAGCGGCUGGGAGUGUUAUCGGAAGAUGGCACGCGUGUGUCCGAUAUUUCCGACCGAUAUGAAGGUGACCUGAUAACGUUCAUCCGCUCCGGUGCAUCGGUUGACGAGGUGAAGGCUCUGGCGUCUAAAGCUAGUGCCGUUGCGGUGGAUUCCGUUGAACUGCUGGCACCCGUGACCAAUCCGCAAAAGAUCUUGUGCGUUGGAUUGAACUACAGCGGCCAUUGUGAAGAGCAAAACAAGCCAAUUCCGAAGGAACCGAUGUUUUUCAGCAAAUACGCGACGACUAUCGUUGGCCCGCAUGAUAAUGUUAUCGCACACAGCAUUACCGACCAAAUUGAUUGGGAAGUUGAAUUGGCCGUAAUCAUUGGCAAGCAAGCGAAGAGCGUCACUAAGGCGAACGCAAUGGACUAUGUCUUCGGAUAUACAGUUGCGCAGGACAUUUCCGCGCGCGACUGGCAGAAGCUGCGCAACGGAGGGCAGUUUUUGAUCGGAAAAUCAAUGGACACCUUCUGCCCGCUAGGACCUGCCGCAGUGCACAAGUCGCUAGUGAAGGAUCCCCACCAACUGGCGAUCAAGUGCAGCGUGAAUGGCGUAGAAAAGCAGAACGGAAGCACGAGUGAGCUAAUUUUCCGCAUUGACGACAUUAUUGAACGGGUCACACAAUCCAUCACGCUUCUUCCGGGGGAUGUGAUCCUGACGGGUACUCCAGCUGGGGUCGGUAUGCACCGAAAACCGGCGGAAUUCCUCAAACCAGGUGACGUGAUCGACAGCGAGAUUGAAGGUGUCGGAAAAAUCAAAAACAAGGUCGUUGCUGACUCUUAAAAAAGAUCGACCCACGCGCCAUACAAACUUACGGGUUUAGGGAUUUCAUUUGAGUGCAAUAAAAUGUU